AUGGUAUAUCGGGGGCGGCCUUCGACAGGUUGCAAAAGGUGUCGCGAACGCAAAGUCAAGUGCGACGAGCAAGCACAGGGAUGCCUCAAGUGCGCCGAAAGGGGAUUCUCUUGUCCUGGAUACGAUCGGACCGUAGAUGCCUUCUUCCGCGAUGAGACGGCGAACGUCCAAGCAAAAGCAAAGAAGGCGAAAGCGAAAGCGAUUGCUGCCCGGGAUGCACGCGAUGCCCGCAAUUCGCGGGUGGCAUCCUUACUGGUCCAGACUCCGCAGAGUCCCGGAAUGUAUAUCAUGCCUUCCCUUAUCGAUCAAGGGAUUGCCUUCUUCAUGUCUCGUUAUACCUUGGGGGUCGAUCAACCACCAAUACAUUCAAAAGAAUAUCAUGAGUACCUAUCAACAGAUGGAUUUCACCCUCUUGUUGCUACAACAAUGACGGCUUUGGGCUUAGCCGGCAUUGCGAACAUUCACAUGGACCUAGGCCUGCAACGUGAGGCAACACGUUGGUAUCUGAAUGCUAUCAAAAUGGCAAAUGCAGCCAUAUCAUCCCCCAAGGAAGUCAAGGCCGACACUACACUGGCGGCUGUCAAUCUUCUAAGCACUUUUGAAGCAACAUCCAACGAUAGUUCGCUAGAUGCAUGGAGCAAUCAUGUUGACGGAGCCGCUUCUCUGGUCAAGAUGCGUGGUAUGGAACAGUUCUCGACCCCGGCCGGACAACGAAUGUAUAUUCACACCGUUACUCUGCUGACGAUGAACUGCAUGGGAAAAGGUGUUGCCCUACCGGAAUAUAUCCGUGAGAUGAAUCAGGAAGUGUGGAGUCACCUGGACCUCAAGGACCCUAGAAACGCGUUCUUUUUUCUCCACAUCAAAACCAUCGAUCUUCGAGCUCGAAUCAUCAAUCAGCAAGUAAUAGAGUUAGCGGACAUUAUACAAAGCGCACUCAAGCUCGAUGACAUCGCCAUAUCAAUCUUCCAAGACGCGGGAUCGGAUUGGGAGUACGAAGAAGUGCCCUGCGACGUUCAAUGGGGCAUCUAUGGGGACUGUUACCAUGUCUAUCCUACCUGUGCCGCUGCGCAGACCUGGAACUGGGUGCGUUACAAUAGAAUCUACUUCCACGACAUCAUUCGCAACAGUAUUCUGGCAGGCAUUGCAACAUCUCCACCAACACUCACCGCGUCAGAGUAUUACGAACAGUUGGCGAAGAGCACAAGGACUCUCUACGCAAUGCAGUCGGAGAUACUGGCAAGUAUGCCGCAAUUCAUGCAUGAUGUCCCCAUGUUUGUGCCAGACAGGACCAACCCCAACAAUAGCUCGCUUUUUCCAGGUUCAAGCACGGCCAUAACCGAUGCCGCUAAGUCAGACACACCAAUAUCAUCUUCCUUCACCCCUCAGGAAACACGGUCACCAAGUUGCAACGCGUCGUCACCAAGCAGUUUAGGUGGUUCUAGAGGUUUCCAUGAAAACUUUCGAGCCGAGUCGACUCUUGUCCCUUACGAUUUUAUCGGCAACGGCGCGACCACAGAGCGUAUCCCUAUUUUGCGUGUAUCUGGCGGCUAUUCGACCGUCUGGGCGCUGUAUGUAGCAGGUGCUAUGCCUAUAGCAUCGCCCAAGAGCCAGGACUUGGUAUACACCUACCUGAAUCGUAUUGCGCGAGAAUUUGGUCUUAAUCAGGCGAAACUAUUGUCCAAGGCGUUGCAGAUCAAAAGACACUUAGACAGUAGUGGCGUAACGCCCUUUGAGAUAUGUCAGCAGUAUGUUCCUCCGGAUGGGGGACCAGAUGUUCCAGAUCAUGGAACAGAUAGCAAGGUGGUCGAAAUGCCCGAUGUUUCGAAAGACUCACUUUACGAUUCCUUGGACACGCCACUUUGA